CAUACAACGUUUGUAACAAUAACAAAUGUGACAAUGACAACGUCAAAAUAGACUAGACUUUACCGUUUUAAUCUGUGGGUGUGGAAUCAAAUGACGCUUUGUGAAACGGUGGGCACCAGUUUGUAAAGAAUGUCGGCACUUGAAAUUAACACUUACUUUACAGGGAACGGGACGUACAAGCCUAUAAACCCGAUUGUCUCGAAAGUUGGUGAUUUCACGCCGUUUUACAUUGCCAUUGCUAUCUGCUCGGUGAUUCUCGGCUUUCUGAUCAUACUGAACGUGGUGUGCUGCUGUUCCAGGUACUCUGAGUACUGGCUGGACAGACAUACAGGUAACCGCUGGAUCGUGUCAAUCUGGUCGGCGACUCCACACAAGCAGCCACCUCUAGACUUCACGGAGCUCGAGAGCAACUUUCAACAAGUACACUACGUACAUCCUUACGGUGACGACAGUGAAGAGUACCGUGACAUCCACAAACACAGUGUUCCGCCGUCAGUGUCCCAACAGCCACUGACUUCUUCCCAGGAGUACUUGGAGUUGCACAAGAGGGAGAGUGACAUUUAG